GGUUGUAGUUCUGUGAGCGGCCGGAGGAGUUUCAGGAAGAAGUCUCUAUUAAACUUCUUCCGGAAUCAUAUCUGGAAGCGCGCGUGAGUUCUGCUGAACUUUGAUCUGUCAGAAUGUCUGAGGUUCGGUUGUCUGAAGGCUCAGUUCUGGUUCAGAUGUGCGGGGAUCAGGCGCUGUUUUACCGCCAGGCUCUCCCCGCGGGCUGUACCGCUGGUCUGACGGUUUUGCUGCUGCACGGGAUCCGGUUCUCCUCUGAAAACUGGCGAGAUAUCGGGACUCUGGAGACUCUGGCGGCCGCCGGUCACAGAGCGCUCGCGCUCGAUCUGCCCGGUUUGGGUCAGUCUAAAUCAGCGCCGGCUCCGGCAUCAGUGGGUGAACUGGCCCCGGGUGACUUCCUCAAGCAGGUGUGUGAAGGUCUUCAAACGGGUCCUGUGGUGGUCAUCAGUCCCUCUCUGAGCGGCAUGUACUCGCUUCCGUUUCUCUUUCAACACAGUGAUCUGGUGAGGGCCUACAUCCCUGUGGCUCCCAUCUGCACAGAGAAGUUCUCAGCGCAUCAGUUCUCCUGCGUUCAGACACCAGCUCUUAUAGUGUAUGGAGACCAGGACAGUCAGCUUGGGGAGGCGUCACUACGUAACCUAAGUCAUCUGGCCAAUCACAGAGUGGUGGUAAUGAAGGGGGCGGGGCAUCCGUGUUACCUUGAUGAUCCUCAGACGUGGCAUAAGACACUGCUGGAGUUCUUGCAGACGUUAUCGUGAUUGAAACACAAGUGUGUGCUGUCUCUGAUUAAUGUUAUCAAUAAUAACCGCUGCUGAACAUUCCAAAUCCAAAAGAAAAUCUUAGUAUUAAACUCAUUUACUUUAAGUUUCCUUUUAGGAAAUCUCUGCUCAGAUGAUCGACGUAAUACCCAUGUGAACCCUGAAUGUGCUGAAAUGACUUAAAAAUGACAAUUAUAAUAUCUUUGUGAAAUAUUGCAGCGUUUAUAAUAAAUAACUUAUCAAUGUG